AUGGAAGCCUCCAAGUUUUUGCUUAUUGCACUGGUGCUAACAAUAUGUGCAGUAGUCUUUCAACUGAUCGGUUUGGCGUCACCUUACUGGAUAUUGGUUGAUUCCACGACUAUGAAAACAAAUGCUGGUUUAUGGAAGUCAUGUACCGAAACAUUCCAAUAUGGAAUUACCGUAUGCAUGGAUACUGAAGAAGACUGGCUCAAGGCUGUCCGAGCAAUGAGCAUCCUUGCUUCUCUGGUUUUAGUGGUAGCAGCAAUCAUGGCAGUGUUAAAACUGUUUGUUCUGAAAGACAUGAAACCAAUUUUAUUUGUGGGAAUAGGUACAGCUUUCGCUGGAGCGGUGUUUAUCCUUAUAUCAAUAGCAGUGUAUUCUGCCAAACUUAACGACUUGUACGCAAACUUGGACUUUAACUACCACUUCGCUUUCGCCUUCAGCAUCAUGGGAAUGAUAGCAGCGAUCGGAGGAGGAGUUGUCAUGUUGGUAGAAAUCAUGAAAGGAUAACAAUACUUCAGUUCUCCUCUACUAUAAAUCAGUAGCUCCGGAAUAAAGCGUUCAGUUUAAUCCAUUGAAAAGGCAUAUAUUCUCAUUUAAUGCUAUUUUACUCUUCUUCUUUUUUUAAAAAAAAAAUUACUCUACAACUUUAUUC